GCUGUCCUCAUUACACACCACCCUGAUACACUUAUCAUCACAUCAUCAUCUCUCUGCAGUACAUAUUUUUCUCUCACUAAAGCAUUUCCUUCUCUCACUCUAGAAUAAGCCUCAGGCCCUCAACAAUGGCAUUGCUACAGUCUUUUGCAAUUUCUUCUCCAAUCUCUCACCAUUCUCACCAACCCUACUCUCUUCCAGGAUUGGCAUUUGGAGGUGUUCACACUAGUAUGCGCUCAUCGUUCAACGGCCAAUCCUUGUGCCUACCAGAUUCAAGGUUGCCAAGACAAAGUCAAACUCGAAGAAUGCCUAGACUGAGUAUCAUGAUGAUAAAACCAACAAUUCAGUUCAUUCAAGGAACCGAUGAACAGACAAUCCCGGAUGUGAGGCUUACAAAAUCAAGGGACGGGACUAAUGGUAUGGCUAUAUUCAAGUUUGAUCAACCCUCGGUUUUUGACUCGUCUAGUGAAGUAGGUGAUAUUACUGGAUUCUACAUGAUUGAUGAGGAAGGAGUUCUUCAGUCAGUUGAUGUUAAUGCAAAGUUUGUAAGUGGGAAACCUGCAGGAAUAGAGGCCAAAUAUAUCAUGCGAACUCCACGAGAAUGGGAUCGAUUUAUGAGAUUUAUGGAACGAUAUGCAAACGCAAAUGGCUUAUCGUUCAUCAAAAAAUAAAGCAAUUAUUACAUCUUUUUAGUCCUACUUUUUUGGGUCAAAUUUUAUCUUUUUUGUGAUGCAAUUCAUGUUGCUGUAAUUAGGUUGCUGUAAUUAGGUUACAUACAAAUGUAAGGUAACCUGAUAUAUUAUCCCAGUAUAUGAAGGAUCUGACUCUUCUCUUUUUCAACCCUGAUACGGAACUGAUCUCAUGCCCAUAGUUGGAUGAUGUUA